GGGAGGUGGAGAGGCUGCAGCGGCCGCAUGGAGGUGUCGCUGCUGCAGCCGCCGCCGCCCGGGCACGGCCCGGGGCCGGGGUCGCUGCGGGGAGGCGGGGCCGCGGCGGCCGUUCUGGAGCCCGGAGCCCGGGGACAGCACCCGGGGCACGAGACGGCGGCGCAGCGGUACAGCGCCCGCCUGCUGCAGGCUGGCUAUGAACCCGAGAGCAGCAUGGCGGACUACCUGAUCAGCGGCGGCACCGGCUACGUGCCCGAGGACGGGCUCACGGCGCAGCAGCUCUUCGCCAUCGCCGACGGCCUCACCUACAAUGAUUUCCUGAUCCUGCCAGGAUUCAUAGACUUCACAGCUGAUGAGGUGGAUUUGACUUCAGCCCUCACUCGGAAAAUCACUCUGAAGACACCGCUGAUCUCCUCUCCUAUGGACACUGUCACUGAAGCUGAUAUGGCCAUUGCAAUGGCUCUGAUGGGUGGUAUUGGUUUCAUUCACCAUAACUGUACUCCUGAGUUCCAGGCCAAUGAGGUGCGCAAGGUCAAGAAAUUCGAGCAGGGAUUUAUCACAGAUCCGGUGGUGUUGAGCCCCUCGCACACAGUGGGUGAUGUUCUAGAGGCCAAGAUGAGGCAUGGCUUCUCUGGCAUCCCCAUAACGGAGACAGGUGCCAUGGGCAGCAAGCUGGUGGGCAUCGUAACCUCCCGAGACAUAGACUUCCUCGCCGAGAAGGACCACGCCACGUACCUCAGUGAGGUAAUGACAGGCCGAAAUGAUCUGGUCGUGGCACCAGCAGGUGUGACGUUGAAGGAGGCCAACGAGAUCCUCCAGCGCAGCAAAAAAGGAAAGCUGCCUAUUGUUAAUGACAGUGAUGAAUUGGUGGCCAUCAUUGCCCGAACUGACCUGAAGAAAAAUCGGGAUUAUCCCCUGGCCUCCAAAGAUGCCCACAAGCAGUUGCUCUGUGGAGCUGCUGUGGGCACUCGGGAGGAUGACAAAUACCGACUGGACUUGCUCACCCAGGCGGGUGCUGAUGUCAUUGUGCUGGAUUCAUCUCAAGGAAAUUCGGUGUAUCAGAUUGCUAUGGUGCACUAUAUCAAGCAUAAGUACCCCCAACUGCAGGUGAUUGGUGGGAAUGUGGUGACAGCAGCACAAGCCAAGAACCUGAUCGAUGCAGGUGUGGAUGGGCUUCGAGUGGGCAUGGGCUGUGGCUCCAUCUGUAUCACCCAGGAAGUGAUGGCAUGUGGCCGACCUCAGGGCACCGCUGUAUACAAGGUGGCAGAAUAUGCCCGUCGCUUUGGAGUCCCUGUCAUUGCUGAUGGUGGCAUUCAGACCGUGGGGCAUGUGGUCAAGGCCUUGGCCCUCGGGGCUUCCACAGUCAUGAUGGGCUCCCUGCUGGCGGCCACCACCGAAGCCCCCGGAGAGUACUUUUUUUCCGAUGGGGUCCGGCUCAAGAAGUACCGUGGCAUGGGUUCCCUGGAUGCCAUGGAAAAGAGCAGUAGCAGCCAGAAGAGAUAUUUCAGCGAGGGGGACAAGGUGAAGGUUGCACAGGGCGUCUCAGGUUCCAUUCAAGACAAAGGCUCCAUCCAGAAGUUUGUGCCCUACCUCAUCGCCGGCAUCCAGCACGGCUGCCAGGAUAUCGGUGCCCGGAGUCUCUCUGUCCUGCGGUCCAUGAUGUACUCUGGAGAGCUUAAGUUUGAGAAGCGGACCAUGUCAGCGCAGAUCGAAGGUGGCGUUCAUGGCCUCCAUUCUUACGAGAAGCGGCUGUACUGAGGAUGGAGGCAGCGGUGGCGGCGGCGGUCGAGGAGGGGCUGGAGGAGCCCCACGUGGGGCCCCCUCAGGCACCGCCUCCCUUCGUAACUGAGUGGCCUGAGUGGCCCCCCUGGAUUUGCACUAUGGGUUCCCAAGCCCUUGCCCUCCUGGGAGGGGAAGAGGGAGCUGGGUUGGCCCCUUAGGAGGCUGUGGUUUCUCCCCCCACCCUGCCUUCCCCUUGAGCCAGGACUGCUCUCUCCAGAGGCCUAGAGAAAACCCAAGAGCUCCUCUCCUCCCAGGAGCAGCUCACUCCUCAGGCCCCAGGUUGCCCAGGACUCGUGCCUGCCUCAGGUCUCUCUUGCUGCACCCUGCUCCCUUUCUCCAAACGUGGGCUGUUCUGAGGAACCCAGCUCUGAGGUGGAGAGGGUGGUGGCUCCAGGGAAGGCCCCUACCCCAGCAUUCCCAGCUUCUCAUCCUGUAGGGUGCUUCCCACCCCCCCUUGCCCCACAGCGAAUGGUGCUCUCUUUGGCCCUGCCUCCCCCUCCCCACCUCUAUCCAGCUGCGGUCCACUUCCUCAGAUUGUGGCUAUUGGGCCUUCAGCCCCUGGAGACUUCCCUCCUCCUACACCCUACCCCCCCCCACCAGCCAGAGGGAGGUCUCUGCCCCCUUCCCCUGGUCCCUCAAGAGCUGCCCAUGGGGACUUGGUCUUAAAUCUACCCUCCCCAUGAAUGGGGAGCAGAGACUACAGAGAGGGAAGGCAACCCAUUUCAGGCUCAUUCUUUAGCUGCUCCAGCCCAUAGCCCCCUCUUCAUCCCCAGCCACGGCUGAAGGCUUUAACUUUGCACACUUUGGGGCCACGGUUGUGUUGUUGUGUAUUAAAUAAGCUGAAUAAAAGCAAGCGGGUCUCCAA